AUGUCGCGUGAGUCGAUGGGGCACCGGAGCGUCGCGGGGAGCUCUGCCAGCUCCUCGCGAGGAGCUGGCCGCGACAACCCUCUCCACUCGCUGCGCGGCCUUUCGAGGGAUCGUGGGACGAAUGCGUGGUUUCAGGAGUUGGCCCAAGAGGCUGAGGACGAGGGCGAUGCCGCCUUUUUCCGCCUGCGGGCUCCUUUAUUUGAGCAGUCAGCGCGCCCGCACGUUUUCUCGGCAGAAGAGCGGCGGCGCAUGGACAACUACGAGAGCAUCGAUUACGGCGAGGCCCAGUCCUUGACGUACAAGGCCCGAAUGCUUAAUCGAAAGCAGGAGCGUCGCUGGCUGAAGUGGAUCAUGUUUAUCGCGGUGGGGGUCUGUGUUGGCUUGUGGUCUGUGCUCCUCCUUCAAACGCUAGAUUUUCUGUCGACGCAGAAGCUGAGCCUGCUGGAGCGCUACAUCAACGCCCGCGUAGACAAGAGUGCAUCGGAGAAUGAAACCGACCUAUUUGGACUGACGCCUGGCGGGGUGCGUUGGAGUGACGUGGGUCGAGGGUAUCUGAUUUACCUCCUCUGGAGCGGCCUCGCCGCCUUGCUUUCCUCGCUUUGCUGCCUUAUCGUGCCAAGCGCCGCUGGCAGCGGUGUACCAGAUGUGAUGGCGUACCUGAAUGGUAUUAUGUUCCCGCGCAUAUUUAACAUACGGAACCUUGUCGUUAAGACCCUCUCCUGCAUUCUCGCCGUCGGCUCUGGGCUCCCGGUGGGGGCGGAGGGGCCCAUCAUCCACAUAGGCUCUCUCAUCGGUGCGGGGCUUCCAACGGGGCGCAGCCGGACGCUGCGCUGCAGCGCGGGUUCAUUGCUCUCGACCUUUCAAAAUCCACGUGAUAUGCGAGACUUCAUCUCCGCAGGUGCGGCGUGUGGCAUGACCUCUGCCUUUUCAGCUCCCAUUGGCGGAAUGCUCUUUGUGAUGGAGGAGAUGGCCACCUUUUUUCCUGUACGACUUGCAUGCCUCGUGUUUGUCUCCUGUCUGUCGUGCAUGUGUGUGAUUCAGAUUAUAAACACUUAUCUGGUUGGCUGGCAGGUUCCGGCGCGCCUGCCCGUAGCCACGGGGGCCGGCGAAUUCCGCCCGUAUGCCAUUUCCAUGUUUAUUGUAGACGUUGUGAAGGGAAAUCGUGUGCCGAUGAACCUUCUGACGUUUAUUCCGACCAUUGUAGGAGCCAUUGUGCUCGGCCUGCUGGCUGUGUCGUAUACGGUGUCAAGUGUCAAGUUCACUCGAUGGCGUUCAAAGCGACUGUUUCCAAGUACCCUGCUGCGUGUGCUGGAGCCAUGCAUGUGCGCCCUUGUGUAUGCGACGGCGUGCUAUGGGAUUCCCUUAGCCUUUGGCUGCGUCGAGGUGCCGGAGUACGUAAAGGCGCACAAGGAGGAACUUAGUAUUGAGCUCUUCACAGCCUUUUGCGCCGACCGCGAGAACACGUUUAGCCCUCUCGGCACUCUCGCCCUGACAAGCCCUUACAACGGCAUUCGACUCUUGUUUUCCCGUCAUACGGUGGCGGUAACGCCGUGGUAUGCGUGCUUGCUGCACCUGCUCCUCUACACUCUCGGCUCCAGCUACGCGGGUGGCAUGUUCAUCUCGUGUGGCACGGUCAUUCCCUCCCUCUUUAUUGGCGCCGUGGGAGGGCGGCUCAUUGGGGUCCUUUUCAACAAUAGUGUCUGGGCGGAUCCAGGCGUGAUGGCGCUGAUUGGGUCCGCCGCCUACUUUUCGGGCAUCUCACGCCUUUCCUUUUCCCUCAUUGUGAUUAUGAUGGAGCUGACCUCCGACCUGACGCACAUCACCUGCCUCAUGGUGGGCGUGAUUCUGGCGAGGGCCGUGGCGGACCGCUUCUGCCACUCCCUCUACCACUCCCUGCUGGAGGUGAAGGCGGCCCCGUUUCUCGAGAUCCAGGCGAGCGUGCAUAAGCUGGACAUGUUCUGCGCCAAGGACAUCAUGACCGCCCCUGCCGUGACGCUCGCGACGGUGGAGACGGUGGCCCACCUCGUGGAGACGCUCCAGUCCACUCCACACAACAGCUUUCCCGUGGUGCUGACGGAGAAGGGCACCUACGACGGUGUCAUCUCCCGCUCGCAGCUGGAGCUCCUGCUGUGGUUCAUCUACUUCCGCGACGUGGAGCGGGGAGAGGGCGGCGAGGCGGGGGCCUCGUCGAGGAGCUGCGCCCCAUCCGAUGACGCUGCCAGGGGCAGCGGAGGCCGCCAGCACGAGGGACUACUGACGGUAGCCGACGAAGAAGAGGGAGGGGAGGCAGGCGGACGUGAGAGCGGCGCCGCCGCCGCCGCUGCCAUGAGUGCGGCGGAGGCCUUAACACGGCGGCUUGAGCGGCAGCCUCAUGCGACCUACGUGGACCUGCGGGAGGUGAGCGAGCGCAUCUUUUGGCGACGUCUGCCGCCUUUGCCGCCGGUGGAGCUCCUGCCGGCGGCCACGGUGCGGUGCUUCGUGGAUCUUUCCCCGUACGUGGAUCUCAGCGCGUACUACGUGCGGGACCUGAUGUGCAUCUCGCGGACGUACCACAUCUUUCGCCACUUGGGACUGCGGCAGCUGCCGGUGGUGGACCGCAAUCACCGCGUGAUUGGCGUCAUCUCGCGCAAGAACUUCGUCAGUGAUCGCCUGCAUGAGCGGCUGCAUGAGGCGGAGGAGGUUGCAAAGCGGACUGCGCGUGAUAGGGCGCAGCGGCUGUACAGGAAAUGCCUGUAG